CGUUUUAUUUCUUCCAAUCAAACAGAAAGUUUUAUCAAAAUUCUUCAUCCCUUUCAUUUCCUCUUUGACUUUCCCUUCGUAAAAGUGACGGUUUAGAUUCAAUUGACUAUUUCCAGACUUCAUAUUCCCGUUUAUAUCCCUCUCUGUUGUAUGGAACAUAUAUUCAUCUCUCCUCCCAAUGCUUCAGUUGACUAUCUUCUUCAUAUUUCGUCCCCCAUCGCCAGGCUUACUGAUCGAGCACUAGCUUCACUGAAGGUUUGAAGGAAGAACUAUAUGAGUCCAACAUGAGGCAUAUAUAAAGAUGGAAGUCUUUCAAAAUCAUGGUUGAUGCAAUUGGAUGCACAAUGACUGGUUAACUUUGUAUUGCUUUGCAUCAUUGCAACCUGACAAUUAACUUAAUACAUUAUGGGGAAUAUCCAAGCAUCACUUAUCCGUCAGCCUCCGCCUCCACCCUCUCAACACCCUCGCUCAUCGAUUGCUGCCAAUGAGGAAGAAGAAGAAGCUCUAGAGAUUGCAGGGGGAAAUUAUUAUUUGACAAGGUAUAGAAGGAGGUUGUCAAAAAGUUUAAUGUCUCUUCACGAUGAUAUGCUGUUUGAAGUUCUUACACGUGUCCCGGCUCAAGAUAUUUAUGACGCGGCAAUGUAUGUCUGUCGGAAGUGGUAUCGUAUAAUUCAUACCCAUAAGUUCAUAGAUUCACACCUUCGGCAUUCACCUCAUGGUCUUCUGCUUCGUUGUCCGCAUACACCUGCACCUUUUAUGGUGGCUAGACAAGGCCAAUUGGAGACAUCUUAUUUAACUAAAUUCAAACACCGUGUUUCAGCUGGUUGUAACGGUCUGCUUUUGGAAUUUGAAUACAACGAUACAUCUCAUAUCGUUUUAUGGACUCUUUAUAUAGUAAACCCUGUAACAAAGCAAGUUUUUGUGCUCCCUGGAAUUGAAAACGUAAAUGGUUCCAAAUUUUUUGGUAUAUCUUAUGCUGCAACUUCCAUGGUGUAUAAAGUGGUCGCAAUUGUUCUUGGUCCUCAGCUAAAAAUAUUAACAGUGGGGGUGGAUGAUUCUUGGAGGAGCGUUUGUACCAAACACUUGCGUCCUCUUGCUAGGAGUGGACUUGCCGAAAUUUCCCCCCUUACAACGGAAGGUUUUAUGCAUUGGCCGACUAGUGUAUCUACAGUUGUGACUUUAAAUGUGGAGACUGAAAUGGUUGAGGAGAGCAGUGGCCCGAUCCCUCAAGGUCAUGGAGCUCCUGGGAGUGCCUGGGUGUCGACGGGAAGCAAGUUGUCUUACUUGAUGAAGUUUGAGAGGUUCGGAUGGCAUGUUUGGGAGAUGGAACCAGAAAGCAAAGAGUGGAGAAAGCUGCCAGAUAUUGUUAUUAGCUUGAAAGAUCAAAAGAGGAAGUUCCAACGGUUGGGUUUGGAAAAGGGGCAACAGCUGGAGCCAAUUGGCUGGAUAAAAUACAAAGAGCUGUUAGCCUUGACUGUGAGUCGCGUACUUGGGACAUUCACCGUUUUUGUGUACAACCUUGUCACACACGAAGUUGUCAAAGUGGAUCUGCCUGACUGGGUUGUGAGGCACUCGGUUGUACCCCAUCAGAAUAGCUUGGUAUGGUUGCCUGGAUCCUCCUAAUACUCUUCUACUAUGAAGAGUGAAUGUUGUUCCACCCCCUCACAAACUUUUUUAUUAAGUCGAUCAUCAUGUAUGCAUUGGAGGGGUGAAGUUCAUUUACUUUUAAUUUCCAAGAUACAUGUACUUUUUUACUUUUAAUUUCUGAAAAACUGAUUCUGAUUAUAAAAGAUACAUAUAACUUUUUCUUUAUUUUAUUAAUAAAAUAUAUUUGAAUGUAUUUUUUUCA